CGGUUUUCCGCGCAAUUGGACCAGCUGCUGCAGCCACCGCUGUUGUUGUUGAAAAUAUAAACAAAUGGAGAAAAUUUGUGCAGCUUUGGAACCGCAGUUUCCAUGUCGCGAGGCGGCCAUAAAUACUUUGGGCGAACUUAUCGGAGACUGUAACGAAGCCUAUCCACCAGCCAUUUAUCUGUUCGGACACAGUGGCACGGGAAAAACCUCACUAGCCAAAUCCUUUUUACAGCAAUGCCAGAAACAGCAGAAGGUUCGCAUUGCGCAGCUGAACGCAAUAGAAUGUUAUUCCAGCAAAAUAAUGAUAGAAAAUGUGCUGGAUGGCCUGGGUAUGCAGCAGCAGAGCGCUGAAAAUAUGCUGGAAUUUGUUGAACAACUGCGUUCCUGGCACGGACGCGAUGCCCGUGGCUUCCUCAUUGCCAUUGACAAUGCUGAGCGACUGCGGGACAUGGACGCAAACGUUCUGCCUGUGCUGCUCCGACUGCAGCAGCUGACCAGCCUUAACCUCUGUGUGUUGCUGCUGUCCCAGUUGCCGUUCGAGAAGUACUACAAUAAGACUGGGCUAAGCGAGAUCAUAACACUCCACUUGGGGCAGUACAACAAGGUCGAAACACUGCGCAUCCUCAGCAGUGACUUUGGUCAAGUGCGACAGGAGCUACUGCUGCAGCAACAACAACACCCACAUCGCCGAGCAAUUUGUGAAGAGGCGCUGACUCCGGACUUUUAUAGAAAUUAUCUGAAUCUCUUUCUCAGUGUGUUCUACAAGGCCUGUCGAGAUGUGCCCGAGCUGCAACUGACGGCACGCAAGUGCUUUGGCAUCUACAUGGAACCGGUGCUGGAUGGCAGCGUCGAGUGCAACGAUGUCUCCCGCCUCUGGCGACAUAUAGCUGGUCCAUUGCGCGCCGCUCUCACCCAGAUCUACAUGCGCAUUGAGAAGCCGCUUGGGGAGACUCCCAUUGAGGAUCAGAGUGUGCGCCAGCUGGCUCAGUCGCUGGAACUACCUUACUACGGCAAGUAUCUGCUCAUUGCCGCCUUUCUGGCCAGCCACAAUUCGGCCAAGCAGGACAAACGGCUCUUCGUUAAGAAUCAUGGCAAACAGCGGAAGCGAAUGCAGACAGUGAAUGCCAAAGCCAAGAAUGCAGAAAAGAUGUCUACAACCCUUGGACCUAAAUCCUUCAGUAUUGAUCGAUUGUUGGCCAUUUUCUAUGCCAUACUCGAUGAGAAAGUUGGCCUCACUUGCAAUCUACUGUCGCAGAUCUCCACACUGGUGCAUCUGAAGCUGCUUGGAUUCGUAUCUGGCGAGCAAAACAUUAUGGACGGAUCAGCCAAGUUGCAGUGCACCGUUGGACUCGAGUUCGUGCUAUAUAUUGGCAAAGUAGUUGGCUUCAAUGUGCGCCAAUAUCUUUGCGACUUCAUGUAGUCUAAACAAUGUAAAUUAUGAAUUUAAUAGUUUCGAAAUAUAUUUAAUAAAUAGUCUGGUAAAUC